AUGGCUACCAUAACUCUUGAUGCCACAAAAGUACUUUCUAUUGAUGAUCUAUUGCUGGUAGGUUUAUCAAAAUCUUUUAUCGCAAUUGAAUCUGAACUUGCGAAAAAAAUAGGUUUAGAUUCUGAUAUAGCAAAAUUAAAUGUCCUGUCGUUACACCCAGGCUCAGAUAAACCAGAUUCACCGUCUGAUAGAGAUUCUAUAUUGGCUAGAAUGAUUUGUUGUUGUCUGUUACAACAAGCUCUUCGUUAUAAACCACACCCAAACCCUGUUCUAAUAGGAAGACUAGUAAGCACCUUGAACACCCGGGAAGUUUACCAUUUUAGAUCACAUAUAUCAACACUUCAUCAUGAACUUUUUAAAUCACAAUCUCCAGGGGUGGUGAGAUUCCUAUCCACAGUUUUAUCACAAGGUAAAGUGGCCUCUGAUGAACCUAGUCUAGACUCAGUCGGAAAGGAUUUGGGUAUCUCUAGUGAUGAAUUAACUCUUCUAACCAAAGGACAUACUGAAGUUUUGUCGACUAUUUCUGUUCUAGGGAGCUCACUUAAAUUGUUGUCAAACUUUUCGGACUGCAAUUUGGGAAUUGCAUUUGAAUCUUUGUCAGUUUCUACUGAUUUUCUUUCCACACCUGGACUUAGAAAUGUUCCACAAGCCCUUGAAACAGCUAGGAAUCUUCUUUGGUUAACAGAAGAUAGCAAGAUAAUCCCGAAAAAAAGUGAUGAUCAAAUUACAAAAUCUUUAAUUUCAAGGUAUCUUGUGGCAAAUAGUGAGGUACGCAAUACGUCGAUAUCCCUUUUGAAGGAAGUUUCUAGAAUCUCUACUGCUCUCUACGGAGCAUCAGUCUCCAAUGAUAUACAAAAGGUAUUAGACAAUACAUGGGAAAUAUCAUUGCAAGUGUAUUUAAAUGGAUUGCAGCAUUCUUUGGAUACUGUUGUAUCCGUAUACAAGGAACUCGUACCAAUUAUGAUCUCUAAGUUAGAGUUAGCACAUACGAGCGCUAUAGCAAAUCCAGAAAUUUCUGAGGCUCUUGCCUCUUUCGAUUUUAAAACUGUGAUGAGUGGAUAUCUGGAAUGGAUGAAAAAGUUUGGAACUGAAGAAACGGGUUUUCCAAAAGUUGCAUCAAUUUCAUCGCUGGAAAAACUAUCAAAGGAAUAUAAUGAUUUGAUAGUUUUAUCCUCAUCUAUUUCCAUAAACAUAUUAACCAUAAAAGAGGUUUCUGAUGCUGUUACUCACAAGGCAAAAGCGGAUAGCUCCAAAAAAGCCGUUACCUCCACUCAAAAGAAGAUCGUUUUAGGCCAUGGAAAUAUUCUCUACAAGGAUUUUAUGGAUAAGUUGUUCGGAGAUGUAUUUAGUGUUCAGAGAGGAAAUAUAAUGGAAAAGAUGUCCAUUCUUCAGGGUCACCAUCUUUUUAGUCACGCUCCUGAGUUUGAAAAAAUUCUUUUACCACAGAAUCAGAAAACCAGAAAGCCCAAGUUGCCAAAGGGAACAUUAGAUUUUUUGCCUAGUGAUGUGUUGUUAAGGUCUAUUGUCAUAAAUUCUAUAAAGGAUGUUUUUAGACAGCAUGGAGCAGUUGAAACUGAUACUCCUGUAUUUGAGUUGAAAGAAACAUUGGUUGGUAAAUACGGGGAGGACCAAAAACUCAUAUUUGAUCUUAAGGACCAAGGGGGUGAACAACUAUCUUUGAGAUAUGAUUUAACAGUACCAUUUGCUAGAUUUGUAGCGAGCAAUAAAAUUGAGAAAAUUAAGAGGUUCCAAAUAGGCAAGGUCUAUAGAAGAGAUGAGCCUCAACUUGCUAGAGGAAGAUAUAGGGAGUUUGUUCAGUGUGACUUAGAUUUUGCUGGAGAGUACCCUAAAAUGGUUGCUGAUUCUGAGGUUAUAUUCAUAUUGGUUCGCGUUUUGAGGAUGAUAAAGAAGGAUAAAUUUGUGAUCAAGAUUAAUCAUAGAGGAAUUUUAGAUUGUAUUCUGUCAUUCUGUGGUGCAGAAACUAGCCUUCAUAGGACAAUUUGUAGUUCAAUAGACAAACUUGAUAAAUUGCCCUGGGAAGAUGUUCAAAAUGAGAUGGUUCACGAGAAAGGACUUCCUGAAUAUGUAGCGCUAAAAAUAAAAGACUUCACAGAAGUGAAUGGAACGUUUGAACAUGUUAUAUCAUUCUUGAAGGAAAAGAAAAUAGACACAAUGAGUGACUUGUUGGAUGAUAUGGCGUUGUUAUCAUCAUACCUGGAUGCUUUUGGAGUAACUGGAAGUGAAGUUUGCUUUGACCUUAGUCUUGCGAGAGGUCUAGACUACUACACUGGUAUAAUUUUUGAGGCUGUACUUAUCGGAGAAGCCGUGGGAUCUGUUGGUGGUGGUGGAAGAUAUGAUGGACUCAUUGGCAUGUUUUCUGGGAGAUGCAUUCCAUCCAUAGGUCUUUCUGUUGGUAUAGAGCGUAUAAUGAGGACAUUAUCAUAUGGAUGUAGCGAUAAUUUGACCGAUGUGUACGUUUGUACAGUGGGAGACUCCAAGAUGUUGUUGGAGCGCAUGAAGAUCUGCGCCCUUCUCUGGGAACAUGGUAUAAAGGCAGAGUAUUUGUACAAUGCAAGUGCUGGUUUGCGCAAACAAAUCGAUGCGGCCCUAGACAAACGUGUAUCGGUCGCUAUUAUUCUCGGUGAAAGUGAGCUUGAAGCAGGCGUUGUUAAGUUGAAAAUAUUAAAUUAUGAUACGGAAGAGAAGCAGAACGAGAUAACUGUUCCGAGGAAGGACCUGGUUGAUGAAAUCAAGUCUAUUUUGCUAAAUCGUACAAAAUACGGAAAAAUCUUGGACGCUUUAUUUAUAAAAUCUUGA